AAUUACAGCCCUUCUCGCUUGGCCACUUGCGGACGCUUGAAUUCUGCAGCGAAAGCCGUCGAUUGGGACAACAGCUCGACCAAUCAUAAUGGACGAGGGGACAGAGGACAGACCGACUGGAGCUCCAAUUGCCGUUCUCGAGAUGCUGAGUGAAAUGAGGGCAAAACGCGCGGGCUCGGGCGAAAUCGUGAUAGAUAUGCCGUUCAUGCAGCGCGUUUUUGAGGAUCCGGAGAUGGAGUUUCUUAUGCAAACGUAUGAUAAACUGAGGGAGCUCGAUGCGAGGAGGUCUAGUGAUUUGUAUGAUGGCGGGAAGGCUGUGGAGGAGAUUACCAGCAAAGUCUCAGCCAUGUCACUACAAGAUGAAGAUCGCGAACUGCACGAUCUUCUCAGCGAGACACAUCUCAAGGCUGUGAUAGACGCAUACGAUCAAAUACAUCAACAGGAUUAUGAUGUGGUUAUGCCUGAAAGCGACAGGCAAGAGAACGGAGGCGUGGAUUUUGAAAACUUUAAAUUGCUAAGACUUGUAGGAAUACACAAAGCAAAGGGAGAACCGUUGGGAAUCACACUGAAACAGGAGGAGAAGCACUUGAAGAUAGCUCGUAUACUGCGUGGUGGCAGUGUUGAUAAGCAGGGCUUACUAUUUGUUGGAGAUAUCAUACACUCAGUCAAUGGGUUUACUGGCGACCCAUUAGAGUUGAAGUCGAAAUUGGGGUCUGCUAAUGGUACGAUUACUUUGAAAGUAGAACCGAGUCAUUCGGAUUCGAAAGAGUUGCCUCAGCUUUACAUGAGAGCACAUUUCGAUUUUAAUCCAAAGUCAGAUCCCAGCAUUCCAUGCGCAGAUGCUGGCCUAGCGUUCGGGAGUGGUGAUGUCUUACAGAUUUUAGAUCAAGAGGAUCCUCAAUGGUGGCAGGCCCAACAUGUUACUGGGGACAAAAAGAGUGGCAUAGUUCCUGGACAAAUGUUUGAAGAAAGACGGCGAGUGAGUGUAUCUGGUGAUGGAGACGAGAUUGUUGCUCCUUUUUGUGUAACUCUUGGAAGGAAGAAGGAGAAGCGUCGUCUAAUGUAUAACUCGAAUAAGAACCACGAGUUUGAUCGUCAUGAGCUCGUUGUGUACGAAGAAGUCGCGAAGAUACCACCUGGACAACGGAAAGUCAUCAUACUGAUUGGAGCACAAGGUGUUGGUCGUAGAAGUCUGAAGCAUCGUAUGAUGACGACCUAUCCCGACAAAUAUGGAACAUCCACGCCUCACACGAGUCGUCCUCGUAAGAGUCAUGAAGUCGACGGCCAUCUGUAUAACUUUGUUUCACGAUCUGAGAUGGAAGAGGAUGUUGCCGCACACAAGUUUAUAGAACACGGAGAGUAUGAGGGUCAUUUGUAUGGAACGAAGAUUGACUCAGUGAGGAGCGUCAUUGAUGACGACAAGAUCAGUGUGUUGGAUGUCAGUCCUUUGGCUCUCAAGAUGCUUCGUACAGCUGAGUUCAAACCUUUUGUUGUAUUCAUCAGCGCACCCAGUGUAGCAAAGCUGCGGGAACUAAGAAACCAUUCGGGAGAGUCCGAGAAGAACAAACACGUAUCAGAGCGCGAUUUGGCCAAGACUGUUGAGGAGUCGAGACGCCUCGAACGUGACUACAUCAAGUUCUUCGACUUCGUCUUGGUGAACGAAAGCAUUGAUGAUACAUUCGAACAGCUGACUGACACGCUUGACAGACUGAACACAGACCCACAGUGGGUGCCUGUUGGUUGGGUCUAUUGAUUGGCACUUUCACUGCAUCAAGACACGAUUUCCUCCACUCUUCCUUCAUAUUUUUAUGACUGCCCUUUUGAGUGAGCAACAAUUUGCAUGAGCAUGUUUGGUAUUGCCCUCGGUGAUGGAUUUUUUGAGUUUAUCUGUGGGGCAAUGUUGUGUGUUUGUAUUUGGAUUGGAUGGAUUGCUGUGUAGAGCACAUGUUGAUAAGUUGAUUGAUUGCA